AAAGCUGAAUGUAAGCAUAUGUAUAUAUAUAUAUGUUUUUCAGAACCUCUUCAGAAGCUAGUCUUCCAGACCUGCCAAGAUACUCUCUGGCAAAGCCCUACACAACAUCAUAUGAAAUAAGCAGGUUUCUACAGAAGUGUCAAAAGGAAAGAGAUGAAGCAUAUCGCAGAGAGGAAUUAGCUCGGGACAAGUUAAACCGGCUUGAAAUCACUGCACGUUCCCAGAUACAAGAACUGAAAACCAAGCUAAAAGAGGUAACUAAUGAAAGCAAAGCAUUACACAGAACUGUCAAGAAGCUGCGUUUAGAUUUAGGUCUGGAAGGGAACCCAAAGUUCAAAGGUAAAAUGACCAAAGAUGUCAUCAAAGAGUUGCAGGAAAAGGAGGAACAGUGCUCUCGACUGAAAGAGGACAAUGGUGCACUUUCUGUGCAACUCAAAGCAAUGAUCCCUGUUAUAACUCAGACCCAAAAGCAGAAAGCGGAAGUAGAGAAACAACUGCAGAACUCAGAGAGAAAACUGCAAGAGCUGCAAAAUGAAAACCAUCACACAUCACAGCUUCUACAGGACAGCCAAAGAGAAAGGGAUGAGUUUGAAAAGGCCUAUAUUAUUCUGAAAAAAUCUAUUGAUGAGGCUAAGCAGCAUGUUAAUCGCUCUGUGCAGACCACAACUUCCAUCCCUGUCAGCAUGCAAAGCAGUAUUAAGCGGAUACCCCGGGACACACCAAGUUCACAAUCAUUUCAAGCGAGGAGGAAGAUCUCUCUGGACCCUCCAAACCAUUCAGCUACUACAGACAGAAGCACACAUAAGCCAUACUUAAGCACAGCACACAGUUAGACCCAACCAUGGGUGAUGCAAUGAUAACAUUUUGGAAUAAGUAUAGUUAGUAAUAUUAAAAAGCAUAUGUACAUAUUUUGUAUUUUUAAGCCUUUCUUUUACUUAUAACAUAAUGCACAUUCAAAUUAAUAUUGUGGUCUAUGGAACUGUAUUACAACUGUAAGUAUAAAGACUCAUUUAUUUGCACAAAAAUGAAUAGGGUCAUUGCAUGCAUGGCUUUCAUUGGAUGCCUCACUGAAAAUAAAACAAA